AUGGACGACUCUGGUCCAUCCUUUCCUCAUGGAGGACAUGCCCCUCCCCAACAUUGGUUUGACACAUGGGAUAACCGUGGAAGCCAAAACACAUCAUCAUCAGCAUUAUCUGCCAAAGGUCUUCGCAACGCUCCUGGAGAAAACAAUUGCUUCCUAAACAGUGCUGUUCAGGUAUUCUGGCACUUAGAUGUGUUCCGGAGAAGCUAUCGACGCCUCACAGGUCAUCUGUGUAUGGGCAACUCCUGUAUAUUUUGUGCACUUAAGGUGAUAUUUACUCAGUUCCAGUACAGUGACCAAGCCUCCCUACCCCCUGAUGCCCUACGUAAGGCUCUGGCAGAGUCCUUUAUCAACCAGCAACGCUUUCAGUUGGGACACAUGGACGAUGCUGCUGAAUGCUUUGAGAACAUUUUACGGCGCAUUCAUUUCCACAUUGCCAAUGCCUACAGCGAGGAUGCCUGUCAGGCCCCCCACUGUUUGCCCCACCAGAAAUUUGCCAUGACUGUUUUCGAUCAGAUUGUUUGUAUUUGCGGUGCAAGCUCGGAGCCUUUAACCUUCCAUGAAUUGGUGCACUAUAUAUCCACUAGUGCGUUAGUGUCGCAGUGCAGAUCAAUGCACGAAACAGGUGAUAUCUUGCAUCCAGACAGAUUUGGCCUGUUACUAAGGAACGCAGGUGCUGUUGGUGAUAUUCGUGACUGCCCGGAUUCCUGUGGAAAAAGAGUUCAGAUCAGGAGGACACUGCUCAAUUGUCCAGAUGUCGUGAGCAUUGGACUAGUUUGGGAGACAGACAGACCCAAUACAGACAUGAUCAGUGAUGUUGUUCAGAGUAUUGGCACAACGAUACUCCUUCAAGACGUGUUUCACUCAGUUAUGGUGAAAGGAUUUAAAGAUGUUUCCAAGUUACCCAAACUGCAGUUGUCUGCUCUUGUCUGUUAUUAUGGAAAACAUUACUCUACUUUCGUAUUCCACACAAAGCUGAAUGUUUGGAUCUACUUUGAUGAUGCUACAGUCCGUCAGGUGGGACCUAGCUGGGACGAUGUUGUAGAAAAAUGUUGCAAGGGACAUUACCAGCCCCUGUUGUUGUUGUACACCAACCCUAACGCAAACCCUAUCGCCACAGAGACAGCCCCGAAAAAGCGGGUCAUGGCCCCUGGUUUUUCCACCCCUGUUAAAGUUCCUGCUGAGAAAAAACCCGAGUGUCGACACGAUGGAGUGAGACGGUCAAUAACGCCCAAUCCAGAUGGUCCAGAAGCUGCAGUUCAAAAUAGCAGGCGCUCGACAACACCUAACCCUACAAAUACUACAGAGCCUCUUUCUCCAGACACGGAACCUGGUGUCACCAAGAAACAGGUUGAGCACCAUCGUCAACAUAGCUUCCUCAUAGCAGUCACUGGAAAGACAGGGCGUGCAGCAGAACAGAAUAAAUCGGAGUACGCUGUACCUAAGAACAACACUGCUGUGAAACAUCGCCUUCCUGGAGGACAAGGUCAGCCAUCUGCUUCUGAGCACGAAGAGAGAAGUACCGGAAGAAAGCAACGACCCAGUGACCUACAGCUGCCAAAACAGGACGAUUCAGUGGAUGGAUACAACUAUACACUUUCAACACGUGACCAAUAUCGCCGUCCCUCUAUUAGCAGUCCAGAUCACACCGGAAAACCCUUGACUCCAAACUUUUCUCGUGGGGAAGUCCCACUCAGAAAGGAUAGCUUCAAGAGAGGCAAAGAUAAAGUUCCCGUGGAUGUGAUACGGUACCAGGUUCCCCGAACCUCUUCCACCUCCUCAGACUCUGACUCUGUUGGACAAGGUGACCACAACCAAGCCAACUCCAAGCCAGGCCAGUUAACAGCCCCAGUUCUUCCCCCAAAACACAGACGGACACAGUCCAUCUGCCAUGAAGAUGCUCCUCAGAAUCUGUCAGCAGAUCACAUAGAUGUUCGCCAACAUGUUGUAAUGAAACCGAAACCUAAUGCAGGGCACACUUAUGAAAACAUAGAAAACAUUGCCCAUACUCCUGUACAGUCAGGUCUUGCCACGCUUCCAAGGAACAAGAAAGGCAAGUCUGCACAACAAGUAUCACAGGGAGACAAAGCUUCGCGGCCAUCACUUCACAACCGACAGAGCACUCAGGCUCAGCCGGUACAGAUGGACAAGUUUUUCCAUUCAAGACAGAACUCUGUUGGUGGUCAGACAUCUCAUAGUCGAGAAAGUUCAACACAUACACUGACAGAUGACAGACACUCCAGACAGAGCUCUAUGGCUAGUCAAAUUUCGGAACCACAGAGUUCUGCCUCACAGGGAGGUACACAUAAUGAUAAAGUUAGUAGUCAGUCAAAUCCAGACGGUCUCUCUAGGAAGGAGCAAACAAAGCCAGCUGUUCCUUCUAACAAACCACCAAAGCCUGCCAAACCAGAAAAGAAACCAACUUUAUCUCAGAAGAAGAAGACCUCCAAUCCUCCCCCUCCUCCAACAAGGAAGUCUGAACUCCAAGAUAGCAAGGUGGCCAAACAGAAUUACAUAAACAGAAAUAUGGUGGAGAGUGUACUUCAAUAUCAAAGUCAAAAACUUACAAGGCAGGGAUCAAACAUUAGCAGUGUCAGUCAGAGCAGUAACACUAGCUUUGAUUCUGACAAUUCAAGUGUGAAGAGUCACAAAGAUGGCACCACAGAGAUCCUGUUUGAUACUUUGUCUCUGGACUCCGCUCACCGAGAUUCUGGGUAUGGCAGCAGUGAUAGAAAUAGUUCUAGUUCCACAGGGAGUACAACUCUCGAUCCCUAUGCACAGUAUUUCAUGAGUAAAAGCAUGAUUCCCCCUAAAAACCUUAACACACAAGGUGUAGCCGAGAAUUUAAAGAAAUUCAUCAACCAAGGUUAUGAGGGUGACAGGCAUUAUGGACCUACAACUUACACGGUGGGGUCUGUCCAGCAUGCAGGUCAGGCUGCAGUCCAGGUCACUAGCCAAAAGUUUCCUCCUCCAGAUGAUAAAUAUAAUUUAGAUAUGAACUAUGGAUGCUCAAAACCAAGUGUAGAGACUGGAAAAUCACAGUACCCAGUUGUAGACAAUAGCAAGAUAUCUGCGAAAUCUACAGACCCAGCCAUGGAGAGAAAACAGCUGUAUGAUCCAGCCAUUGUCAAGUCUCACACACAGGGGAAAGGGCAUCAAGUGUACCAGAUGUCCCAGAAAAUGAUGCCCCAGGAGUCUACAUCAGGAAACAAGCCUGGCUCUGAUGGAUUCAGCAGUGCCCCUAGCCAGAAAUCAGAGAAACCAGAAUAUCAUCAAGGAGCAGAUGAGUUUAUGAAACUGUGCCAGAAAGCUGAAGAACUGAUGGACCAAUGUGUUUUGGUGGAGACUUCUGAGAAUGGCUCCAUGGCUCUCAACUACUGUAAUGCUGCAAUAGACUGUCUGAAGCAAGCAAUGCGGAUCAACUCAGUAUCCCAGCAAUCCUUUGUGUUUGCGCAGAAGAUGCACAAUUCAUGUGUUCUCAAGUCACGCAGUCUACAGAAGAAGUUCUUGGUGCGUCAGGAGUCAAUGUCCUCCACGACCAGCUCUGACAGUGCCAGGUCUUCUCCCUGUCCUAUCAGUGUCUCCUCAUCUGAUCACUCCAGUUCAUCAUCCCAUUCUUAUGGGGAAAAUUGUGUUCAACAAAAUGUGCUAAUCUCAAAACUGCAACAAAACAGUGUCCAUUCCCGUUCAAGUUCUCGAGACUCUGUAGAUAGUGUAAUAGAGAAUAAAAAUUACCGCAAAGAAAACAGGACUAGUGUGAAACCUGACAAACAAUGUAGUGAAUCAUCUUCUAGUCCAAGUGUUAAUGAACGGAUAAUGUGUAAUCAACAGACCAGUGAUGGGUCUGUGGACAUAUAUGCAACGUUACCCCGUAAGGGGGCACGGCGUGGACAGAAGGUCUCUGGAUCUUCAAAUCCAGAAUCAGAGGUAUACAACAAAGACUUUGGGAACAAGCAGAGGAUGGUGAAUAGUAGUACAAUUCCUAAUGGAAGGACAGCUUCUUCUGGAUCAAUCACACCAACACCUUCUGAUAACUGUUUUGAUACAGAUUCUAGUCUUACAGACGGAAGUGACCACCAUUACAAGAUGCAGGUUCCCUCUCAACAGCAGGUUAAGGCUAACCGUGCAGAAAUAAGGCAGCUUCCUCACAACAAUGGAGGUUCCUUCCAUCAUCAAGAUUAUUACCCUCAAGGCUACACAUCUUCACGACAUCAGGACAAUGCAUAUUCCCAACCCCAGUCAGCUCACUCAACACAGCAUCACAAUGAGGUUUGUAAACCAAAUGCACCCUCUCAGUCUGUGGCGCCAGGUAACACUGUGCUGCCACCCAAGUCGGGCAAAGUCACCAAUCUGGCCACUCAACCUGCCAAGUCUACAUCAGACCUUGGUACGCGAGAAGCCAGUCCUCGCCCCGUGGAAGGCAUGAUGAAAUGGGUGAGAUCAACAUCACAUUCAACUCCUCGGUCAGUUAAGAAUAAGUCGAAACAAAAUAGUGUAGCUCGUCAGUCCAGCUUCACAGGCAACUCCCAACAGCCUGGACAAGGGCGACCUCACCCAUCAACAGUCUCCCAGACAACUGUACAGUGCGAUCGUCAGCCUCAGCAGCAUCUAGUCAACCAUACCUCUCAACAUUGUAAUCCCUCAGACUGCUCUAACAAUGAGGCACAAAGCGCUGGAUUCACCCAUGAUCAAGUUCCCUCCACCCUCUCUAACAUACCUAGCUAUCAACAUGGAGAACCAUCAGGUGAAAACCAAAUCACUUCCCAUCAAUCAACGACACCACAGAUGUGUACAAACAGUAAUGAGGCCAACUCAGAAUCUGAGGAGUUCCGACCCAGUGUAAGAGACCUGGCCUCUAGGUUUGAAGGCAGUAGUCCCAAUGCCCCAUCAUGUUCAAAUUCCAAAGACCAACAAGACAAUGCUCAUCUGCUUCCCUCAGGCAAUUUAGGCCGCCAACGUAGUAAAUCUGAAUCAGAUUUUAGGACUUUAGAUGUGAAGCCAAAGUCUGUGUUAUCACGUAGUAAACAGAAAAAUAAAGCCAACAGAAUGAAAAAGUCAGUGACGUUUAACGAUAAUGUGGCUUUAGUAGAUCUGAUGGACAUCUUUGCUCCACCAGAGGGAACUUCUGGAUAUAUGGACAGUAAUUCAGGCUAUGUGAGUGACCAGGAAGAACGAUAUGAUACAACUACUAGGUCAUAUUCCGACAAUGAACUUGAGGAUGAUGAUAGUAUGGACUCGCCAACGGAAAUAGCUCCCGGAGAAGUGGCUUGUAGUCUUUGUGGCAAACAUGGGGCACAGUACGGACAAUAUUGUGAGAAGUGCCACUGCUAUCUAGGUCAGUUUCAGCAGGGACGUUGUUAAAGCCCUGUGAAUUUCCCUGUUGUUGUUUAUCUUGUUAUAAAGUUUAUAUCUGGGGAAACCCCCGCACAAUUUGUUGUUGUUUUUGGAGGACUUUUUCCUCAGCUACCCACUGCCAUUUUCUAGUGCUGC